AUGGCUCUGUACAGAAACGCCAUAUACGCUGAAAAGGCUCUAGAUGCCGUGGAUUUGGGAAUAAUCUUCGAGCGGCUAGAUCUGCGUGAGCAGUCUCAACCAGACGAUGCAUGGGGCUAUGAGGACCUUCUUGUACAAGAAACCCUUGCUUACUUUAAAAACGAUUUCUUCAAAUGGAUUAACCAACCUGACUGUGACAGUUGUGGUGCAAAUGGGGACAAAGUAGAGUCAAUUGGGGUGGCAGGUCCACCAAUCGUGAAUCCUGAUGAGAUCAGUCGAAUUGAACAGUAUAAGUGUAAGUCAUGCGGAUCAAGGAUUGAGUUUCCAAGAAUCAACAGUCCAGCCAAGCUUUUGGAAACUAGACGAGGGCGCUGCGGUGAAUGGGUCAAUUGUUUCAUGCUCGUUUUGCAGUCGGUGCUUGGGCCCGAAGCUCAGCUCAGGUACAUCUGGAAUAUGGAGGAUCAUGUCUGGAGCGAGUACUACAGUAAAAAGCAGAAAAGGUGGGUUCAUCUUGACCCAUGCGAGAAUGUAUUUGAUGAGCCCUCGCUAUACUGUGCAAAUUGGGGCAAGAAAAUGAGCUAUGUCAUCGGAGUGGGCAAUUCCUAUAUCAUUGAUCUCAGCGACAAGUAUAUCACUGACGAAGCAAAGCGCAUACCAAAGCAUGAUGUCGUUUCAAACGAGGCAACGAUUCUGAAGUACAUAAAGCGGAUCAAUGCUCGUCUCAUGAUCAUGUUUUGGCACGAGAGCUUAGAUGACGGAGAUGAGUAUGACAAAUAUGAUAAGUUAUACGAACAGCUCAUUCUAGUUCACAACAAGGAAGUUGCGUCCCUAAAGGAUAGUUCUCACGCCCGCGUGGAAAAAACUAGCAUCCCAAAAGGAAGACAGACGGGUGAUGCCCUGUGGACCAAAGCUCGUGGCGAGGAUGGCGCCUAA